CAGAUGUUGCCCAACCUUGCUGCUUCUGGUGUCCCCCACUUGGCAUUGGCUUCAGUGAAAAAGUCGAGAAUGAAGCAUCAGUGUCACUCUCUUGAAUCCAUCCAAAUGAGGGUCCUCAGAAUGAACAGAAACCUUAUCUUGAAAGCCAGAAGAGCAAUGGUGAGAAUACUAACUUUAUCCACAAUGGUGCUUAAACCCCAUUUGAUCUUAGAAGCAGGAAGAGAGCUUUGAGCAGCCAUGGCAACCUUGUCCAGCCAGUUUCAUCUUAUCACAAACCGUAGAAGUUACUACAAUGCCAGCGGCCGACCAGCUAUCGCUUGCUCGAAGUCGCCUUCUCAAAACAACAUUAAGGUAGUGGUAAAUGGAGCAGCCAAGGAAAUCGGGAGGGCAGCAGUGGUUGCAGUGACCAGAGCAAGAGGAAUGGAGCUGGCUGGUGCAGUGGAUUCUUACUUCGUGGGAGAAGAUAUAGGAAAGGUGUGUGAUUUGGAAGAGGCCCUUGAAAUACCCAUAAUGAAUGAUCUCACAAUGGUACUAGGUUCUAUAUCUCAGUCAAAAGAAACAGCAGUUGUGGUGGACUUCACUGACCCCUCUACAGUCUAUGACAAUGUAAAACAGGCAACAGCAUUUGGCAUGAGAAGUAUAGUUUAUGUGCCUCGAAUUAAAUUAGAUACAGUAGCUGCAUUAUCUGCAUUCUGUGAGAAGGCCAGUAUGGGCUGCCUAAUCGCACCGACUCUGUCUAUAGGGUCCAUACUCCUCCAGCAAGCAGCAAUUCAAGCUUCUUUUCACUUCAACAAUGUGGAGAUUGUUGAAUCAAGAGCUAAUUCAGUGGAUUUUCCAUCACAGGAUGCAAUACAGAUAGCCAACAACCUCUCUAAUCUCGGCCAGAUCUACAACAGAGAAGAUCGUUCAACAGAUGUGCUGGCAAGAGGUCAAGUUCUGGGAGAAGAUGGAGUCCGCGUGCAUAGCUUGGUUCUUCCAGGGCUUCCAUCGAGCACAACAGUUUACUUUUCUGGUCCAGGAGAGGUUUACACCAUCAAACAUGAUAUCACAGAUGUCCAAUGUCUCAUGCCAGGGCUAAUUCUGGCUAUCAGAAAAGUUGUGCGCCUUAAGAAUCUGGUUUACGGCUUGGAGAAGUUUUUGUAGAAAUCCGAUGUCUCCUCAACCUCCUCAAAGUAGAACAAAACAUGUUAUUUUGCUUCAGUGGACUGCCCACGAGAUCACAUUAGCCUGCAGAGAAAUAUGUGAAGACAGUGGCCAAUUGGGAAACCCAGACUGGAGAAGCACUUUUCAGAGAGUUUCUAAUUCAGAUAUGUAACGAAAUAAUGAAUCAUUCUAAACUA